AUGCGUCUCAGCGUUGCUUAUGUCGUUGGUCUCGUCAUCGCUCCUGCGUUGGCAGGCUGCCCAUAUGCUCGAGACCUCGGGUUGAACGUUGAUGGCAAUGACAAUCCUCACGUACAUGCGCCACGAGAUGUUGCCUCAAAAAGUGCGGCUGCACCUAUCUCAUCUUCCACGCCCGUCGCUGGCAAGAAAGGUGUCUUCUACAUGAACCGCAUUGGACCCUCAGGAUCACAGCUUUGGAUUUCCAAUGCAGAUGGCACCAAUGCCACAAAAUUGAUGGGCAACCAAGCAGGCGCGUUUGAUUAUCAUCCCACCUGGUCGCCAGACGGGAAGUGGGUCGUGUUUACAAGCGAACGUCGCGGAGCAGGCCAGUCGGAUCUAUACCGUGUGCACCCGGAUGGUAGCGGUCUGGAACAAAUUGUGGCUACAGACAGUGCCGAAGACGCUGGUACACUCUCACCAGAUGGAAACACUCUCGCUUAUGUGUCUACGUAUGGUAACUACACGAUGAAUGUCUGGGUCAAAGACCUUAUGACCGGCAUUGCGCGCAAUCUGACCGAUACCCCGGCGAAUCGAGCCGACAACACCUGGCCCACUGGUCACUAUCGCCCUUCAUGGUCUCCCGAUGGAAAGUGGUUGGCUUUCAGUUCUGACAGAGAUAACGACUGGACAGGACACAGCGAUGGAGUUGGCUGGGAGCACACCCAAAAUCUUGGUCUGUAUGUGGUUCGCCCUGAUGGCACCGGCUUCCGCAAAGUGCUGCACGAAGACGGCUUUGCAUUCGGUACGCCCCAAUGGUCACCGAAUGGCAAGCGCCUGAUUUACAACAACAUGACGAGAGAAAACACGUACUAUGCACACGGUGUUUCCAGUGAGCAGUUGCUAGUGCCUGCCCAAAUCUACAGUGUCGACGUUGCGACCGGAAAGAGUAUCAUCAAACACACUUCCGAUAGCAAACUCAAGGUUGGACAACACUUCAUCGCCAAUUCGACUAAUAUCGGCUACGUCAUCAAGGCAGGCGACUUUGAGGGAAUUGGCUACACCUCCCCCGACAAGACACACAAAGCUUUCAACCUGACUGGCCUCCGCGAGCCUUCGUGGUCCCCCGACGGUUCGAAGGUUGUCUACAACGUUUUCAAUUGGGAUCAGCAAGCCAGUAAUCUGAAGCUUUGGAGCUUUGACGACGAAUGGGAUUACCGCUACAUGGACGUCUUCCCCCUUCACAACCCGGCUUCCAACAGCUUGGCCAUAACUCAAAAGGUGCUCGGAGGAGCCAAUAGCUCCCUUGUGGUCUCAUCGACGCAAUACACAGACCUCGUUGACUCGCUCGACUCUUACGACAUCUAUUCCGCCGACAACAGCACCGAAGUCGAGUGGCUACUGGAAGGUAACUCGGGAGCCUUCCAACCCUCAUGGAGCCCAGACGGGGAUGAACUUGUCGUCGGAUUCGGUGCCUGGUUUGUCACUAGAUCUACCGACACUGCGGCUAUCUACCGCGUCGCAGCCAACGGCUCCUCCCACACCAACAUCACUGAUUGGGAGAACAACGCCGGAUUCCCUGCAUGGUCCCCGGACGGAUCGGCGAUGGUUUACCGACUAUGGAAUCUUGAGACCGGCGCCCCCCAGGGACUCCAGCUUCACAACUUCACAACAGGCUUGACCUCUAAACUGACCCACGGCUGGGAUAACACUCCCGGCUGGUCCCCCGAUGGCGAGCGUAUUGUCUUUACCCGUAACAACAACUGGACCGAAUCCUACGGGGCCCGUUGGUACGCCGAUCGAUUUGAUAUCUACACCAUCCGUCCUGAUGGCUCCGACUUGACCCAGGUCACCGAUAGUCUGGCCAACGACGCACACGCUGUUUGGUCCCAGGAUGGUCGCAUCAUGUGGUCUACGGGAAUGUACGGGUUCAAAGAUGAGAGUGCCCUUCAGGAUAACACCUUCCAGCCCUACGGGCAGAUCAUGGUGAUGAACUACGACGGCUCCGAUAAGCACCUUGUCACCGAUACCCUCUGGGAAGACUCCAUGCCGCUCUACAUGCCAAAUGAGUACCUGGAAUAG